AUGCGAACUCGAUCGAGUCGGUCUACAGAGGACUUGGUCGAGCUAGACUUUACAACGGGUAGAAAGAGGGUUCAGAGGUCACAGAGGGUACAAGAGGAACCUGAGGUGCUUGUUGCUGAUACAAUGGAUGUACCAGAGGGGAAUGGAAACCCUUUGGGCAAUGGACUCGGUCGAGCUAGGCAAACUCGACCGAUUGGUCAAGGAGAUGCUCCAAACCGCCACCAACAGAGACAAGGGAUUGUUCCACCACCAGUGCAGAACCACAACUUUGAGAUCAAGCUGGGAAUGAUCAACCUUGUCCAGAACAAGAUGUUCCAUGGAUUGCCAAGUGAAGACCCCAUUGACCACCUUGAUGAGUUUGAUAGGCUUUGUGAUUUGACAAAGAUCAAUGGUGUCUCUGAAGAUGCCAUCAAGCUGAGACUCUUUCCUAUGUCUCUAGCUGACAAAGCUCACCAAUGGGAGAAGAGCUUGCCCCAUGGCACAAUCACCACUUGGGAUGAAUGCAAGAAGGCCUUUCUUGCUAAGUUUUUCUCCACCGGUCGCACAGCCAAGCUUAGAGGAGAGAUAUCCAGCUUCAUCCAGCGAAACAAUGAGACAUUCGCAGAGGCUUGGGAGAGGUUCAAAGGCUACACAAGUCAGUGCCCACACCAUGGAUUCAACAAUGAAUCACUACUCUCCACUCUUUAUAGAGGAUGCUUGCCUAGGUAUAGGGAGAUGCUAGACACAGCUAGCAAUGGGAACUUCCUCAACCAGGAUGUAGAUGAUGGCUGGCAACUUGUGGAGAACAUAGCUAACUCAAAUGGAAGCUAUGGAGAAGAGUAUGAUCGCACCAACCGGAGCUCGACCCACCACUCGAUCGAGUCAGACGAAAAGUUGAGAAAAGAUGUUAAGGCAUUGAAUGAGAAGUUGGAUAAGCUGAUCCUAGCUCAGUCCACAAUGAAGAAAGUCAACUUUGUGUCUGCUGAGGAGAUGGAACCAGUCCAAGAAGGGGAGGAUACACAAUUUGCUGAGGUGUGCUACAUGAGCAAUGGGCAAGGAGGUUACAACAAAGGAUACUAUAAUUACAAGUCCAACCCUGCCAUGUCAUACCGCAACACUGAUGUUGCUAACCCUCAGGACCAAGUAUAUCCUCAACAACAAGCAGCUCGAUCGAGUCAGGUGCCACAACAUGGGUAUGGUCAAAAGAACAAUUACCAAGGACCACAAGGCACUUUCCCUGGACAACAAAUGAAUAUCCCACCAGGCUUUCCCCACCAACCACCCCAGCCUGCACCUUCACAAGAGAAUGAGCUCAAGGCAAUGCUAAAGCAACUACUUCAAGGGCAAGCUGAUGGGCAAGGACAACUACCUGGUAAAGCUAUUCAGAACCCCAAGGAACAGUGCAAGGUCAUCUUCACUCAAGAAGGACUUGUUGAAGAAGAGGAUCAAGAAAGGGUCAUUGAAGAUUUUUGUUUACUGCUGAAUGAUGAAGAGAUUGUUGCUGCUGAGGCUCCUGGAGUCCAGAUUGAUCAACCAGAAGUGCAGGCACCUACUGUGGCCAUUCACACUUCACCAGUUGAGCUCGCACAACAAGCUCGAUCGGCAGCUCGAUCGAGUCCAACUCUAGCUCGAUCGAGUCCGACCUCUUCUGUCCCAAACCUUUUGCUUGAUCCUUACCAACCGGUUGCCGCUUCCUCGUCUCGCCUACUUAGUCAAGGUCACAAGGAAGUGAUUCACAAGUUCAGAAGAGAUCUCAGUGGGAUUGGAAUUGAGUUGCCUCCUAUGGAUAGCAUGAGUGAGGCAUUUGAUCAAAUGCAAAUGGUCAAGGAUGUUCUAGCCAACAGUGAUAAAGUUUCAGAGGUCCUAAAGAGUCUACUCAUCAGUUCAACCUGCUUACUUCACCCACCUUCCUACCAAAGGUCAAGGAUCAAGGGAAAUUCACUCUCCCUUGCACACUUGGGCAUCUUGAGCUUGACAAUGCCUUAG